UAGGAAAUGUUUGUGAAGUGGUUACACCGACUUCCUUCCUUCCUUUCAGGUGUCAGCAACUUUUCGAGAGCUUUUCUAAGUUUUUAAAAAAAAAAACCCCUCGACUUUUUUCUUGCUUCAACCAACUUACGAGUAUGAAACCAGAAAGUUCAUUGGCUGGAGGUCCCCCCGCAAAACAGCUACGUGGACAAGAUUCGGAGAAUAAGCUUAAGAAGGAACUAGAAACUUUGAUCAAAGAACGCAACGAACUCAAAUUAAAAUUAUCUACUGCUGUAUACGAGGUGGAAUUAGUGAAGUCGGCAUCAUUGAAAUUGGAAGAAGCAUAUAAUGCUUGCAUAGCCGGAUUACAAACAGGCAUGCGAGUCCUAACCGAAAUGCUGACAGGCUCAAAAUCACGAUUUGGGGGUGGUAAAUUAGAUAACAUAAACCAGAAAUUGACCGAGGUACUUCAACAAACCAAAGAAUUGUGCGUUUCUUUGGAUGCGGUGCAGAAGCCACACCAACCCGAAUGUCGUUGCCAAAGAGGUGAAGUUGAGAGCUUGACCAUAGCACAAAAACUGCUGGUUGAGGAAUUCGAACUGAAGAUGUUCGAGAAGGAUCAAAUUAUACUUAAGCUUCAGGCAGAUCUAAAACUUCAAGAAGAGGCCCAUUUGAGGAAAGUGGAGGAACUGAAGACGGAAAUUGAAGGUCAACAUCGCGUUAAUCCCAAUUAUAUAACAUGCUCGAUAUGCCUUGAUACGUGGACUUCAUCCGGUAGCCAUCGUGUGGUCUGUUUGGCAUGCGGACAUGUUUUUGGGGAUAUGUGUAUUCGUGUGCACUUGAACCGUUGCAUUGAAUGUCCUCUAUGUCGAUCUCCAGCCGAUUCAAAGGACUUGCGUUAUCUAUUCCUGGAAGGAGCUCACACUGAAUAAAGCAAAUGCUUAUUAUGUUGUAUCAUAGAUUUGAAUAAU